GGCCAUUCAGUUCAGUACUCUUUUCCGAUCAGUACUUAUCAAGAAUCCAUCGACUGUUGCAAUGAAGUUCAUAGUCGUUUUCACUAUUAGCUGCCUGGCUAUUUCACAGUCUGCAGCCGCCCCUUCCUUGAAGGUUUCGGUUGAAGAGCUUAGUAAAGUGCACCAACUGCUAGCCAACACGCUGACCAUGAAUACGGCCUUUUUCAAGAAAUUCCUCGGUGAACCGGUGGCCGAUGCAGCUCAAGCUUUCAAAACUUCAUCCAGUGAAUUCAUAACACAAGCCACGGAAUUCUCGGCAACAGCAACGACCCAAAAUGCCGCCCUCAUUGGCUCGAUUGAUGCCUUAACCGUGGCCGUUCGCAGAAUUGACAACAACAUUCGAGGAGCUCUGUUCGAGUGGGUUGAUGCGGCAGCCAAAAUCAAGACCAAGCUUGGUGAAUUUGUUACUGAGACAACGAAACCCAUUACCGAUUUGUUGGCAGCUCUAGCAACGGAAGCGGAAGUCCUUGUGACACCUGCAACCCAGGUGCAAACCGAUCUCAAAGCACUGCAGGGCGCUCUGACUGCUCCACCGCCAACAACUGAUGAAUAAAUUUUCUGAGCUUAUACUGAUAUCAA